GCAAGGCAAACGCGACAAGCUUGAAAAAAGUUGGUCGAAAAACCUUGUCAGAAACGAACUGUUUGCUCUCAGGACUUGUUGUGCAGCUGUGGACACUGUGAGUACGUGGCGUGGUUAUCACAAUGGCGACCAAUGACACAAUGAAAGAUGUAGGCGAGCUGCAGCGUCUUGCGCAGAUAGCCGAGCGGCCCAACGUGAAGAAACUGCUGGAGACGGAAGUCCAGCGUCUGCUCAACACUCUGCCGGCAGCCUCCAGCACCAACACUAGCGCGGGCGCCGCGGAGACACAGAGCAGUGCGUCGGCUACUGCCACCGCGGCCACCACCGCCACCAAGGCGAGAGAUAGCAAGGUGUUUGCUGCACCCAUCAAGUCGUACGGCUGGGACCAGGAGUCGAACUCCGUCAAGAUCUAUGUCACACUGGACGGUGUCGGUGGACUGCCGAAAGAACAAGUCCAGGUGACAUUCGCCAAGGAGUCGUUCUCUCUUCUUGUCGAAAACUUGAAUGGCAAGAAUCACACACUGGCCGUUACGCUCGGUGAUGAAAUCGUACCAGAGAAGUCUACUUUCAAGAUUCGCCGCACCAGCGUGCAGGUGACUUUACACAAGGCUACACCAGGCAGCUGGAGUCACCUGACCGCUAAGGAAAAGAAAACAGAAGAAAAAAAAAAGUCUAAGAUGGCUGAUGUAGGGAAAACACCGUCCGACGAUCCAUCCGCCGGCCUCAUGAACAUGCUGAAGAAGAUGUACGAUGACGGAGAUGACGACAUGAAGAGAAACCUCAGCAAGGCGUGGACAGAAUCACAGGACAAGCAGGCUCGCGGUGACUUUGGUACUGCGUAGUCUGCCGUGUCAGUUUGUCUGACUGUGUGCGCAGUGUCCGACCAGCCCAUGCCUGUACCCAUUGCCCUGUCGCUCUUCCGCUUGCGGGCAAGAAUGCUGUGCUGUGCUGUUCUUGAGUUUGGUGCUGCUAGUUCAAUUGUUCCACUCCUCUCACCACCGUUGGGCUGCUUUUUCUCUGCUUCUUGUGCGUCGGGUUUUGAGUUUCCCUGCACUCUGCGUUAGCGGUAGCUUGUGUUCAAAGCUUCCUGGACAGCCUACCCGUGCUUGUCAACCUCUUCUGCCGGGUGACGCCUGCUUGUGUCCUCAUUUCUAACGUUCUGGGUUUUUUCUAUCUUCAUUAGAAACUAUGCAAUACAUCAUGUUAACAUCUUUUCAACCGACAACUCUAUCCUCAGAUCAUUGCUGAUUUGCAAGUUGA